GCUGCUCAGCGCGCCCGGGACGCAGAGCCAGCGUCCCAGGCGGAGGGCUGCUUUAAUAUGCCACAGCUGUCAAGGGCCACAGACGAACCUGGAGGGUCGUGGGCUGUAAGGAAUAGGGUAGUGGAUUUUGAAAGUGCGACAGGGAAUCGGUAAAGAAAUGUUUAGCUGGAGACAAAAAUGUCACAGGCUCAUCAAGAUUGUGUCACAUUCAUCUAUUCAUCUCCAGCCCUCAAGCUAAACAAAUUCAUCAAUGGACAGGUGAUUGCGAGAGCUGGGACCCAUGGUUUCUUUUGAAUCCACUCUUCCAACUUUUCCUGCUCUGGCUUUCAGGGAUAGGAACCCUUUCCAAAGAACCAAAAAUGAAGAAGUUCAAGGGCCCUGUGACAUUAAAGGAUGUUACUGUGGAAUUCUCCAAGUCAGAAUGGAAAUUACUGACUCCUGCUCAGAAGACCCUGUAUAAGGAUGUGAUGCUGGAGAACUAUAGUCACCUGGUGUCCGUGGGUUAUCGUGUCAGUAAGCCAAAUUUGAUCUUAAAGCUGAGGCAAGGGAAAGAGCCAUGGGUAUCGGAGGUGGAGUUUCCACGCAGGAGCCCCACUGAACACCUAAACAAUAAGCGUAACAUUGGAGCCAGACGCAAGGAAAACCGAGCUGGAAAUUCAAGGAAAGGGGAAACCACAAGACAAAAGAAAACUUAUCGACAGGAAGAAAGCUACGAGUGUAACAAAUGCGGGAAAAUCUUCUGCUACAAGUCUGCCCUCACGGCGCACCAGGAGACACACACCAAGAAGUCCUUCAAGUGCGAGAAGUGUGGUGAAUCCUUCUACAAAAACGAAGACCUCACAAUUCAUCAGAAAGUUCACACCAGGGAGAAAACUUACGCAUGUAAAGAAUGUAACAAAAUUUUCUACCACCUGUCAUCUCUCAGUAGACAUCUGAGAACCCAUGCUGGGGAGAAGCCCUAUGCAUGUGAUCAGUGUGACAAAUCCUUCUACCAGAAACCACACCUCACGGAACACCAGAAAACACACACGGGGGAGAAACCCUAUGAGUGCACUGAGUGCGGGAAGUUCUUCUAUGUGAAGGCAUACCUCUUGGUGCACCAGAAGACACACACAGGGGAGAAACCCUUUCAGUGUAAGGAAUGUGGGAAUUACUUUUCUCAGAAGUCACACCUCACAGUCCAUCAGAGGACACACACAGGGGAGAAACCCUACAAAUGUAAGGAGUGCGGGAAACUUUUCUCCCGAAAUUCACACCUCAAAACCCACCAGAGAACUCACACAGGGGAGAAACCCUACAAAUGCAAGGAGUGUCAGAAGUGCUUCUAUCAGAAGUCGGCCCUCACGGUCCAUCAGCGCACACACACGGGGGAGAAACCCUUUGAGUGUAACAAAUGCGGGAAAACCUUUUACUAUAAGUCAGACCUCACCAAGCAUCAGAGAAAGCACACCGGGGAGAAGCCUUAUGAGUGCACCGAGUGUGGGAAAUCUUUCUCUGUGAAUUCAGUCCUCAGGUUACAUCAAAGGACUCACACAGGAGAGAAACCCUAUAAAUGCAAGGACUGUGGGAAAUCCUUUUCUCAGAAGUCACAUUUUAUUAUACAUCAGAGAAAACACACAGGGGAGAAACCCUAUGAGUGUCAGGAGUGUGGGGAAACCUUUAUCCAGAAGUCACAACUCACUUCCCAUCAGAAGACACAUACCCAGAAGGAAAAGGCUCGUAAGUGAUAUGGGCUCAGGCUUUCUGUGGGAAUUAACCUUUCUAUCAUAAUUCAUACAGGAUCUGCAUGUGAUGGCAUUCAGGAGACUGAGGUAGGAGGGUUGUUGUGGGUUCGAGGUCAGCCUGAGAGUAAUUCCAGGUCAGCCUGUGCUAGAGAAAGACUCUACCUCAAAAAACCAAGGUGGGGGGGGGGAGGUUUAUAAUUCAUACAAAAGAAAAAUCUCAUCAAAAGGAAAAAGUUUGAGUCAUAAAGUUUUCCUUAUAGAAUUAUCAGCAAAUGCACAGAAAGUAAUAUGUAAACUUAUUAUGUAAUUAUAACACAGUAGACUUUACUAAAUAUUGGGAGACAUGGAUGGAAGAAAUUAUACAAAUUUGUAAAGCAUAAAAGGAACUUUAUUUCAGAAAUCGUACUUUAUACAAUAUAUAAAUAACCCAGAGCACAAGGAGUAAGUUAAAGGAAUGCCAAGUUUUCUAUUAGGGCAUCUAGCACUACAUCCAACCAGUGCAAAUACAUGAGAAACUCCUGUGGGUACCUUGAAUUUUCAGAAACCAUUCCAUGUGAGUUACAUUCAUCUUAGAGGACUCAAGAGGAAUAAGUGCAAAGAUUGCAACAAAAAUGGAAGCCUUUAUCGAGCAUUUGUUGAUGUCUCAUUGACUGCCAAUCAUAUCAUUAGCACUUACACUGUACCUUUACAGAUAUUUUAAAUAUUUGGAGUACUACCAACAAGAAUUCAAAGAAUUUUGUACUAGGAUGUGCAGUUACACUACAAGUGAUGUUACUGGUCCCAAUGUUUGUGUUUCUUCUAAAGAAAUAAUUAUCGAAACUUACGAAUGUCCAGCCAAGAUAAUCAGGAAGCAUCAGUGAAGGCUUUGGUACGUAGGCAAUGUGCCUGUGAGUAUUCUGUAAAACAAAAUCUUCAAAUGCUUGAGUUGCAUGUAGUGCCUGCCCAUCACUGUACACAGGAAGACAUUUGUCCCUAGUCUAGUCGGUGUUACGUGUGAGAAAAUGUGCCACCUCAUGUCUACAAUGCCUAUUAUUAAUAGUGUUACUAUAUUUAUCGAUGUGUAAUCUUUGAAAUAAUAAUGAACCUUUCUAUUUCCUAGCACUUGUUAGUAAACCAACCCUUCAAUAAGAAACUGAUUUUUUAAAAAAUUCAGUUAUCUUGUGAUCAGUUAAAUUUUGAAUUAGGGACACAUUUAUUUUUAGCAAAAAAUUUCAGCUGUUUCUGAAACAGAUGAAAAUAGUAAUAGUUAUCUUGCCAUUGAUGUUGUCACAGGGUAUAGGAUGAUCUGUGUUUUGUAGCAGAGCCCAAACUGUUCUUGCAUUUCUUGUCUGCCUAGUAGCUAACGGCUCCCGCCGCUUCGACCCGGACUCCAGCCUGGGCAUGCGGCUCAGCCACGCUGUGCCUUACCUUCCUUUCACGUAUGAGUAGUGAUGGUAGCCUCUUAGAAUUGCUUUAAUCUUGAAAUAGGUUGCUAUUUUCAAAGCACUUAGAACAGCGUCUAUAAAACAUAAGAAGUAUAUGUUAGAUGUUAUUGUUAUUCCGAUUUGUAUUUCCUGAAGUAUGUGGUGAAAAGAAAAUGUUGCUAAGCCAACAUUUAUUUCCCCACCCCCUUGCUGUUAGUGCCUUCACUCGGUUUGGUUGUUCGUUUCCCUACCGGGACUCAGUAGCAGAUUCUGAGCAGGUAAAGGCCAAGGGUUGGUGAACCACACUCCAUCAGCAAGAUCCACUGCCCAUUUUAUAGUUUUAUAUUAGUACAGGACUGGGGGGAAAAAAAAUGAAAGAGUGUUUUGUAACCCAGAAAGAUUGUAUGGCAUGAAAACUUCAGUGUCCAUGAAUAAAGCACUUUGAAAGCACCAAUGUAAACAAACCCAUUUGUUUAUGUUUGGCCUGCGUCUGCUUUCCAACAGAACUGCGCGUAGUGGCAGAGACCACGUGGCCCACAGUACCUAAGACGUUCACCACAAGGCACUUUACAGCAUACGCUUUCCAUUACUCAGCUGAAAAUGUUGCAAAUGGUAUAAAAGUAGAUUUUCGUAAAUGCUAUGUGUGUCAAGUAUAAUACGUACAACAAUAUGGGAGUGAGUGAUUUCUGUGUAGCGUGUUUACUGUGUGCAUUAUAUUUAUAUGAUGAAAGCCUACACUUUAAGUAUUUUUCCCAAAGAAACAUGUUUUUUACUUGCUGACUUGUUAUACCAUCAAAAUUAAUUUCCUGUUGAAAUGUAGCAAAUAUAAGAAAUAAAAUUUGUCUAAAAUAAGAUGAAUUUUUAGUUGACGCCACAUUUAUCUUCUUCCAA